GAGGGGAGGGGAACUGGAGGCGCGGCUCGGAGAUCAUCACUUAACAGAGGGAGACAAAAUAAUAAUUUCCCUCGUCAUGUGAAAGAGAUGUCAUUUGUCAACAUGUGCGGGGUGGCAAAAGCGGCGGCCGCAUAAAGCCCGUGACCGCUCCUUCUGGUCGUCCUGUGAGACGGCGGCGGACGGCAGUCUGACUCAGUGAAAGUGUCACCUUUCCACUCAGUGAACGCCGGCAGUGUGAACUCAGGAGCCAUGAGCGUGUCCGGGAACGACCCGCAGAGUUUACUGUGCUACCAGAGGCCUGAUGAGGAAGUGGUGGUGGACCAGGGAGGAACCAGCUCAGUGAUGAACAUUCACUAUGAGAAAGAGGAGCUGGAAGGACACAGGACUCUGUUUGUGGGGGUUCGGAUGCCGAGGCAGAGCCAUCGGCACCACAAACCCCACGGAUCCCGCCACCGCAAGAAAGAUAAAAGGGCAGGAAGCAUCACGACACAACAGAGCGAGGACAGUGAGGCAGCUGGCAGCAGUCAUGACACACCGUCCCAGCGGGUCCAGUUCAUCCUGGGCACAGAGGAGGAUGCCGAGCACGUGUCCCAUGAGCUGUUCACCGAGCUGGAUGAGAUCUGUGUGAAGGAAGGCAAAGAUGCCGAGUGGAAGGAAACAGCCAGGUGGCUGAAGUUUGAGGAGGAUGUGGAGGACGGUGGAGAGCGGUGGAGCAAACCUUACGUUGCUACACUUUCCCUUCACAGCUUAUUUGAGCUGCGCAGCUGCAUCAUCAAUGGCAGCGUGCUGCUAGACAUGCGAGCCGACUCCAUUGAGGAGAUAGCAGACAUGGUUCUGGAUCACCAGGAGGCCUCACACGAACUGGAUGACACCGUCAGAGUUAGGGUGCGUGAGGCUCUGCUGAAGAGACACCAUCACCAAAACGAGAAGAAGAAAAACCUGAUUCCCAUGGUACGCUCCAUCACCGAGGGAGCACGCAAACAGUCUGAGCCUCAAGUAGUAGGGUCCGCCACGUCUCCCCAGCCUCCUCUGCCGAUGGAACCAGCCAAGAACGGUGCUGGACAGGACAGCAGUCAAGUCGACCUCAGUAAGGUUGACCUGCACUUUAUGAAGAAGAUUCCAGAGGGCGCCGAGGCCUCAAAUGUGCUGGUUGGUGUUCUGGACUUCCUGGAGAGGCCCAUUGUUGCGUUUGUACGCCUUUCCCCCGCUGUUCUUCUCACUGGACUCACUGAGGUUCCCAUCCCCACCAGAUUCCUCUUUAUCCUUCUGGGCCCUGAUGGAAAAGCUCAGCAGUACCACGAAAUUGGACGUUCGAUGGCGACCAUUAUGACGGAUGAGAUCUUCCACAACGUAGCGUACAAGGCAAAGGACAGAAGCGACUUGCUAGCAGGGAUAGACGAGUUUCUAGACCAGGUGACUGUCCUGCCACCAGGAGAGUGGGACCCUUCCAUCCGAAUAGAGCCCCCAAAGAACGUCCCCUCUCAGGAGAAGCGGAAAAUGCCCGGAGUCCCCAACGGCACAGCCUUGCAGGAAGAAGAACCACAACAUGCUGAACACCACGGGCCGGAGCUGCAGAGGACAGGAAGGUUGUUCGGCGGCCUCAUACUGGACAUUAAGAGGAAAGCUCCUUUCUAUGUGAGUGACUUCAAGGACGGCAUAAGCCUCCAGUGUGUGGCCUCCUUCCUCUUCCUCUACUGCGCCUGCAUGUCUCCUGUCAUCACUUUUGGAGGACUGCUGGGGGAAGCGACUGAAGGACGUAUUAGCGCCAUAGAGUCGUUAUUUGGUGCAUCGAUGACUGGAGUAGCCUACUCUCUGUUCGCUGGGCAGCCUCUCACCAUUCUGGGCAGCACAGGUCCUGUACUGGUUUUUGAGAAGAUACUCUUCAAAUUCUGCAAGGACUACGACCUGUCAUAUUUGUCUCUCCGGGCUUGCAUUGGCCUGUGGACAGCACUGCUGUGUUUUAUAUUAGUGGCCACAGAUGCUAGCUCCCUGGUUUGCUACAUCACUCGGUUCACUGAGGAGGCAUUCGCUGCCCUCAUCUGUCUCAUCUUCAUUUAUGAGGCCUUGGAGAAACUGUUUCACUUGGGGGAACUGUACCCCUUCAAUGCAAAGAGUGAGCUGGACAAACUCACACUAGCAUACUGCAGGUGUUCACAGCCUGAUAAUCCCAGUAAUAAAACCUUAGAGCUGUGGAGCGAGAGAAACGUCACAGUCUCGGUUGUACCCUGGGAAAACCUGACUGUCAAGGAGUGUAUGAGCCUGCAAGGACACUUUGUUGGGACAGCAUGUGGACACCACGGUCCCUUCACCCCAGAUGUUCUCUUCUGGUCCAUCAUCUUGUUUUUUUCAACAUUCUUCAUGUCGGCCUUCCUCAAGCAAUUUAAGACAAGUCGUUAUUUCCCCACCAAGGUGCGGUCUAUGAUCAGUGACUUUGCAGUGUUUCUUACGAUUGUUGUCAUGGUCCUGCUCGACUUUGCCAUUGGAGUGCCAUCCCAAAAGCUGAAGGUGCCAAGCAAAUUCCAGCCUACCAGAGAUGAUCGAGGUUGGUUGAUCAAUCCAAUCGGGCGCAACCCCUGGUGGACAGCCCUGGUCGCAUCUAUUCCCGCUCUUCUCUGCACCAUCCUCAUCUUCAUGGACCAACAGAUAACUGCUGUCAUCAUCAACCGCAAGGAGCACAAACUACUGAAAGGCUGUGGGUACCAUUUAGACCUGCUGAUGGUGGGGGUGAUGCUGGCUGUGUGCUCCAUCAUGGGAUUGCCUUGGUUCGUGGCAGCCACUGUGCUGUCCAUCUCUCAUGUCAACAGCCUGAAACUGGAGUCAGAGAGCGCAGCUCCAGGAGAGCAGCCGCGCUUCCUGGGCAUCAGAGAGCAGCGGCUCACAGGCCUGAUGAUCUUCCUGCUCAUGGGAUGCUCCGUGUUCAUGACUGGAGCCCUGCAGUUUAUUCCUAUGCCUGUAUUGUACGGAGUUUUUCUUUACAUGGGAGCAUCUUCCUUAAAAGGCAUUCAGUUCUUUGACCGCCUACAACUUUUUGGUAUGCCAGCAAAGCACCAGCCAGAUUUCAUCUACCUGAGACACGUCCCUUUGAGAAAGGUGCAUCUGUUCACUGUGACUCAGCUCACCUGUCUGGUUCUACUCUGGGUCAUUAAGACCUCCCCUGCUGCGAUCAUCUUCCCCAUGAUGGUCCUGGCUCUGGUUUUUAUCCGGAAGCUGCUGGACUUGUGCUUCUCGAAACGAGAGCUGAGCUACCUCGAUGACUUAAUGCCUGAGUGGAAGAAGAAAAACCUGGAUGACGCUUCCAAAAAAUUGGAAGAGGAAUCGCAAGAAAUGCUGAGCUUGAAAAGAGAUGAAUCAGCUACUGUUCAGAUUACUAUGGAGGGAAGCAGAAUUGUUCAAAAAGCACAUGAUCCCAAGUGUGAUCCCUCUGAUAUUAACAUAUCUGAUGAAAUGUCUAAAACCACUGUGUGGAAAUCCCUCAACUCCAAUCAAAAGGACAUUCGUCCUUUGGCUGCUAAAAAGGAUUGAAGGGAUCACGUUCAUUGAUGAGUGAAGACAUUCAGCUGAGUCACCUUGCUGUAGUUCUGGACCACCGGAGGCCACAGGUUGACCAAACCAAAACAGCCUCUUCAGAGCUUACAGAAAAAAACUGCAUCAGCCACAAACAUACAGAGAAAGUCAACUGAGCUAUACACAAGUGUACUUGUGUCUGUUUGAGGUUUGUAGAUAUAAUAGAGAUUCAAGCCUUUUCCCCAUACUCUAAAUUUAACUGAUAUACACAAAGAAUCACAAAGCUGAUAUUUUCACACUUAAACUCGUAGCAAAACAUAAUAUUCUAUUACUGUAUCCGUCCAGCACAUUACAGCCCAAUAAUGUAAUUUUCCUGAUACAUCUGAGAGGAUGAUGGUGAGACAAACAUAAAAAGACAAGGCCAGGAAAGAAAAGAUAUACAAGGCAAUGACAGAAUGAUACAUACAGUUAAAGGCACUACACAGUAGUGUAUUAUUUGCACCAACAAAUGUAAAUCAACAAUAAAAAACGCAAAAAGUGCUGAAUUAUAGAUUUCCACUGCAAAUUUUAGACUUCAUAAAACAUUGCAUUUUACAAAAUGCAAUGUUUUAUGAAGCACCCUUUGGAAAUAAAGUGAUAAUUUUGCCUUGGGUUGAUGACAUCACAAGAGGUACAAGACUGGCAGAAGGGCCAAAUGAGCUAUCAUUUUGGUGGGAAACGUUCAGUAAAAUAGAAAAAAUUAGGAAAGUACAAACAGACUGGGGUCAGUUGCCUUGUGCCUUUUGUGAUGUCACCAGAACCUACAACACAAGAGCCAAAAAUCCCCAAAAAACUGACCAUAAAACAUUAUUAGUUAAGAAAUUAUAUCUAGAGAUUGAUUGACUGAGUGAUUGAUCAAUCUAUUUUUCUGGUUUGAAGCUUUAAGAGACAACAAAGAUAGGUAAGAGCGUGAAGAGAUACACUUCAGUAUUACCUAAAUUAUCCCUAUAUUAUCAACGUUUUAAAAAGGGAAACUUUCAGUACAGCUUUUAAAGGGGCAGUGCCAUGUAUUUUCCAGGCACAUUUUACAGAAAAUCAAGUAUCUAUGAUAACUUCAGUUGCUAUAAAAAUGAUGUAUAUCAGAUAUGAGUGAAAAGAAAUUUGGGUAAUCUCCUACAUAAACACAGCUUAGCCAGAAACAUAUUUAAGCCCUAGAAAAAUAACUGGAUGAUCUCUGGUUGACCUUGAAAUUGAUCUGCUCAAAGUGUACACGGCUUUCAUUCACUAUGUGACCACAUUGGAAACAUUCUUCCCAAAUUUGGGAACUCAUUCAACAAAUCACAAUAAUAACUCAAUCCAACUUCCGUUUGUAGAAAUAUGCUACUAAAACAAACUUUGCUCUUUGUUUUCAGUCAAAACAAUUCAAAGCCAGAUCAUUCAAUCUGCUAUGAUCACUGUCCUUUUCUUCUUUAUUGUUGUCAUUUAAUUGGUAGAUUUUAAAAUGUUUUUAAAUGUUGAAACUGAAAGGUGCCAAAGUUAAAAAGCCACCUCAGUGCUACCAAUUCAGCUUAUUUUUUAAUUCUCAUUUUCCCUUUUAUUGCCUUUUUAAUAGUGACUAUGUAGGUUGGAGGAUGUUCUGCACAAUGUCUUGUCAUGUAUUUUAUUUUAUUUUCAUUUGAACUCAGACAAGAUUAUGAAUGCAUCAAAAAGGGACUUUAGAUGGAGUCAGGUCCCCUGUUGUUUUUAAAGGUGUGUGAUUUUUUUUUUUUUUUAAUGCGCUUCAGGAUAUUUUGAGCAAUAAUUUAGUCUUAGUUUUGACCUCAAUUGGCCAAAACUCAGUUUUUGAUUUAUUUUAUGAGUGCUGUCUUGGUUUUCCCAUUUUUGGUGUUCUCAUCUUUUUUCCUGUAAGAAGUUAGAUAAAAAAAAAAAACCAACGUUUUUUAGUUGAAAGAGGAUAAAACACCAGCUGCACGGAGAUAAAAGAGGCCUUUCUGCUUCUGUUGCAUUUGUUUCAGGAUGUCCUGAAACAUUUAAAACUUAGAUAAUACAAUUUGACCUAAAUGUCUGUUUUUUUUAUUAUUAGUACAUUUAUAUUUGAAAUUUAUUAAUUAACUUUAUUUAAGCUAUGUUCCCCCAAUUUAGCCUAUAUUAUUGGCACCUUAAGAGACGCAGAUAGAUUAUUGGUGGAAACAAUAAUCUACAGUAAUACUUAUUUAUGUGCACUUUCUGUAGAUAGACGAUAUAUUUAUUCUCUUAUAAUAUUCUGAGCAGAUUAUUUUACAAAAAAUACAGCUCUUUAUUUUUAGAUGUGAAAUGAUAUGUUAUUCUUUAUAUUUUAUGUAUAUUCUGUAACAAGGAAGAGGAGAGAGAGGCUGAGGAAAGCGCGUAUCUGUCUAAUGGAUAUCAAAAAUAACAGCUGAGAAAAAUGGAAGCUUUACUUUUCUCUACAGUGCCUUGCAAAACACAAACUUACUGUACAUCUUAGGUGACACAGCAACACAAAGUAAUGCAUAAUUAUAUAGUGGAACAAAGAGACCAAUUGUUGCAAUGUUUUCUUUUACAAUUCCCCGCUGAGAAGUGGGACUUGUGACUGUAUCCAGCCCUCUCUAUGAACUACCUCUGAAAGAAUCUGUGCAUAAUUGUCUUUAGGAGUCAACUAACUAAAUGCCAUAGAUAAGGAUGCCAUCCACCCAUUUUCUAACACCCUUGUCCCUAGUGGGAUCGGGGGGGGGGGAUGCUGGUGCCUAUCUGUAGCGAACGUUUCGGGUGAAAUCCUGGACAGGUCGCCAGUCUGUCACGAAACAAUGUAGGAGGUGAAAGGAAAAGGGACUUUUCCUGACUGGAAAUCAAACCCGGGCCGCGGCGGUGAGAGCGCCGAAUCCUGACCACUAGACCAGCAGGGAUCUUAGAUAAGGAUGCUGUUUGGUGUUUCUCCCAACAUAAUAGAGAACACAGUAAAUAUGUGGAAUAAUGUGUUUGUCUCAGAUGAGACCUAAACGAAUCUUUUUGGGACUUUAUGCAAAACUAUGUUUAUGGUGGUUAACUAAAACUUCACACCACCUUGAAAACACCAAUCCCUGUGUAGUCAAUGGUAGUGGCAGCAUCAUAAUGUGGGGGGUGUUUUUCUUGAGCUGAUGCCAGGAAACUGUAGAUGGAAAGAUGGAAAGACUGACUCUUUGUAGAACAAAUAUUUAUAACACAAAUAUGAAUUUGUGUUAUAUGAACACAUUUUCAUAUAACAUUUCCCAGAUUUUUAGUUGUAAACAUGUUGAAAGCCGUGUAUCAUUUAUGUUGGUAUAUCACAUACAGGUCCAAUAAAAUAUACUGUAGUUUCUGACUGUUGAGUGAUAAAAUGUGAGGCUAUGAAUACUUUUGCAAGGCAAUGUAGAGAGACUUAAAGCAAUCCAUAUUACCUAGACAAAAAACACAAGGUUUGCACUUAAGGAUAAAUUAAAAUGAUUAAUAUAAAGAUUAAAGGGUACAUUAUCAAAGAACUGCUGUAUUAAUAUUAAAACUAUUCCAUAAAAUCUCUAAAAUACAAUGUAUGUCUGCUGAUAAUGUGCAAAAUAUAAUUGAAUUAAUAUUAUCCCGUGUAUUAUUUUGCAGCCACGCCUUGGAUUCUUCCUUUUUCAUUAAAGCAAAGUGCACAAGUAAUUAAUUAAAAUACCUCUUCCAAAAAAGGCACUAACGAGCAUUUUGUACAGCGCUUUCAUGCAUCUCUGCUUUGAGUCUGUCAGACUUCUGAAUGUGAAAGGUUAUCAAGCAAUGACCCAAAACUAACUUAAUCAAAAGCAUGAAUGAAACAUCAAAGUGUAAAUAUAUGUACAAAACCAUAGAGUUGUUACCCAAGCUAAAACCAUGAGAUGUGCAAUAGUGUGAAAUCGCAGUUAAACAUUUUGAGUUUAAAGGAUGUAAAUGUGCUUCAAUAGUAGAAUUAUGAGGAAAAAUGCAAUUUCAAUGUGUCUUAAACUUGACUCCUAUUUCAUUAUUAUGUGGUUGUAAGGUGAAUAAACAGUAAACUGCCUUUAGAAUAUUAUUGGUUAACUAUAUAUGCAGUCAUGGUAGAAAGAAAGUACACCCUCUGUCAGUUCUAGGGCUUUCAGGUGUAAAUGAGCUGGCCUUUAACGGGUUGUAUAGUUCUUUGAAUCCAAAUGCAAGUUUCCUAAAACACACCAUAAAGAUUCCUCCAGAUCACUCUUCAUUAGACAAAGACAACACAGAAAUGGAAAAAAACUGUGAGAAUUGAAGUAAGUCUUAAAAACCCUGAGAGAUCCUGAGCCAAGCAAAAUUGACCUCUGCUAAAGUUGGAGAAAUAAAAUUUACACAACAUAUUCAACAUAUCAUAGCUAACAAGAAUGUUCACAGCUAGAAAGCUAUGUUACCAAGUCAUAAUUAAAAACUAAUUUAAUGUUUUUGGGGGAUUGUCUCUGACUGGGGUAAGCAUUUUAUUCUUAUUGCCUGAAUUUAUUUACAGUUAUUAAAAAAAUAAACAUUUAUGUUUUUGAGAGAUUGGUCAUGAAGAAAUACCCUAUACAGGUAUUUAACAUGACUACAGAUAACUUUGCACACUAGAUGGCAGCAUGAUGCAUGACUAAAUACUGUAUGUUGCUUGUUAUGUGCUAAAUGUGCAUCAUCAGGCAUUAGUGGUAUACAUUCCACACAUUGACUGUAUGGUGGUUGAAUAUGGCAAAUUUAAGUUCAACGAAAAAGAAAAAAAGGAAAUGACUGUUUAUCAAUUUAUUUGAAAUUCUCUACAUCUGAAUAACUUUUUAUCAUGCUGUAUCAAGAUGAAAUUGACACACAUAUUUUUAAAUAACCAGUAUUGAAGAUAUUCGUGAUCGUUGAGCUUUCAUAAAACUAAAGAAAACUGAUUCAGUCUUUACUUAAGAAAAAAAUAGAAAACCAAAGCAAGUGUAUAAUCAUAAAAGAGCUACAACUGAUUGGGCAAACUUAGAAAACAUUUUGUUUUGAGUUCAUCAAACAAUAUCACACCAUAAUCUUUACACAAAGACAGGUGUUGAUUUCUCACCCUUUUGUCCUGCAACUAUUAAUAAUAAAAUUAUCUCACUCUGAGUAUAUUGGCUGGGCAGACUUGCUUUUAGAACCAGCAGCAUAACCUCAACACAAUCAGUUGUUCUUGGCCCUUGUUGCACCUAGUUGUCAUGGAAACGCUGAUUUGUUAAAUAAGGAAGCGAUGGCUGUUUUCGAUCAAAUUUGGCCACAACUGUGGAACCCCUCAUGUUGGGUUCCAGCUUCUUAACCCACAUACAGAACAGGAAUCAGAUCAAGUUUAUUUAAACACAAUGAAAAGAUUGGUUGAGUGGAUCUGAUCCUUGGGGCAGGUUCACGGAGUACACACUAAAGAACAGCAAAGGGAGAUGGUGAGUUUGUGGUUUUCAGAAAUGGGUACCUCGAGAGUUAUUAGACUGAUCUUAGCCUACUUGACGAUUACUUCCACCAAGAAGAGGGGAAACUGCGGGUUCGUGGUUCCUUUGUGGGUGUGUUUGAGGUGAUUCAGGUUCCAGAGAGUGAGCUCGGCUAGUUUGUUCCGGGUGAUGAUGUGGAGGCUGCGGCGGAGGGCGGACAGGUAAGCUCAGGCGUGGAGGAAAACAGAGGAACGGUCUGACUGCCAGCUGGGAAAUCCAGGAACGGUUUAUGGUCAAUCUGAAGAGGCGAAGAUGAGACUCGGGCAACCAGUGGGUAACGAUCCACGGCAUCAGGAGGGAGAAAAUCCAGAAAGCCAGAAGUAGGGCUACACAGGGAAUAUUCCACGGCGUCACGAGGAAACACCUGAGAGAGAGAGGCAACAAGAGUUGAUUACUAAGAGUAACUUCUCGAGAAAACACAGAGCGCUAUCUCAGGGAGGCUCAGAGUACCAUUACUGGCAAACACUCAGGCGAUGAGGUGCUGGCAGUCUGCUCCUCUUAAGCGCCAGGAUGAUUGGGUGAUGAGUCACAGGUGCGCUGGCAGUCAGCUGCACGCCCCUCCAGGAGUGCAGCCUCUACCACCAUCUGGUGGAUGAAGGAUGAAGCAGCAAGCGAACAGAGAAAAAACCCACAAAGACCAAACCCCAGUUCCCAACAAAACCGCUGUGGAAGGUGAGCCCCCCAUAUAAAAUACUUUGUAAGACUUCAUUAUUUUUAGCUGGAUCUAAAAACACAUUAAACCAUUUAAAGGCGGUUUACUUUCUACUCACCAUGACUGCACAGGACAUGUGACCAAGGGAGAUAACGCAUUUAGAUAGAUGUGAGUUUAAAUCUAUUUUGAGCACAUCUGUGCCUGUAAUGGAUGUUCUCUGUUGUGUUUACAUCCAAGCAAAAGCACACCUUCAGUCAGUAAUGAAGUACCUGAUUUCAGAAAACAUUUCUGCUUAGUCACAUUUCGGAUUAUUGUAAUCAAACCUUCAUUCACAAUCCUGUAGCCACUAUAGUUUUUGAGCAGAAGAAAAAGAAUCCCUGCACAAUGUAGGGCUAUGAUCUUCUGGAGAACAGAUGAGGUCAGUAGGAGGACAAGGUGGCAACAGAGCAAUGAGAAGUGAGAAGAUGCAGUGAAAGAGAAGCACCUGUUAUGUAGUAACCUUGUGUGUACUCUGGUUUGAGCCACAAUGAGUGUGAUGUCUUCUGUUGGAAUAAUAAUGUUUUUCUAUGUAUCUGUAAUUUAAUUUUUAAUUACAGCAAAAUGGAAAAUAAACCAAAACUGCAAUAUGAA